ACAGUGAAGACACAGGAGCUGGAGCGAUUGAUGAGUUGAAUGGGAAUCAAUCCCACCAAGAGAGAGCUCCUUCAGAUGGCCAAAGAUGUGGACAAAGAUGGAAAAGGUACUUUUAACCAUGAGAGCUUCCUGGCUUUGAUGGCAUUGGUUCAUGAAAGCGCGAGGGGCCAACAUGCUGUGCUACGAGCUGCUUUCGAGGCUGAGGGAUAUAUCGAGUGGAAUGCCCUGAAGUAUGUGUUGAUGAAUGUAGGAGAACCACUGAAUGAGUUAGAGGCAGAGCAAAUGAUGGAGGCAGAUAAAGAUGGAUAUGGAAGCUUCGAUUAUGAAGAAUUUGUGAACAUGACUGGAGGCUCCUUCAAGAUGAGCUAAGUGAAUCAAAGAAGGCAAACAUGAAUAGGCAACAUUAUAUUGGUCAGGGUUGACAGUGUAGGUUACUGUUAUGAACAUCAUGCUUCACCGGUUUUGAUCAUGCAUGUUGAUAAAACAAGACAAUUGCUUUCAAUGUUGGUCUUGAAGCAUGCAGAUGUUUAUAUUUUAAUUCAUAUAGAGAUGUGGCUAUUACUAGCUUGUAUGCUGACUGAUUGACUUUUGAUGUAAAUAUAGUAAUUCAUAUGUAUGAUUUCUUAAAAUGACAACAACAAAACAUCUGUACAACCUUAAGGUACUUACUAUAUGAAUGAAAAGGGCUUGAGUGAAAGCACCUUGGCCUCACUGAGAAUCUCCAGUCCCUUGCCUUUUUAGAGGAUAUUCAUCAAAGGGUUACAUUUCCAAGGCCAGCCACCCCCUCUGCCUGAUAGCAUCUGGUCUGCCCAACCAAUAAAUCCCAUUCUCAUCCCUAAAGCCAGAUGGACAGCUCGGCGAGCCAACGGCAGCUGCCGCUUACACCCCAUCCGACCUAUCACAGGAGGGAUGGGGGCUUUGGAUCACAGGGCUAUGGUUGCAGAAUCCCUGGAGCUUCUACUGUUAUAUGAAACACAACAAGGGGCAAGGUAGGGGAACAGGUCUAAGGAAGCAAGGAGAGAUCGACAGAGAAUCCUUUGGAAGCAACCAGGGGUUGGGUUGCUUUGUAUGGAGUGGAGCUGCGGUGAGAACGAGUGUGUUUCCCAUGUAAACAGUCCCUCAGUCAGUGGAGCAGCUGCCUGCGUUACUGCUGAGGAGCAGGGAGAAGCAGAAGAGGAGGAGGUGAAGAGAGGGGGAAACGUUCCUUCUCCUUAAGAUAUUACGCCUCCUCUAUCUUGUUGCCUCCUACGGCUCCUUUUAAUUUGAAUUUUUUUAAAUAGUGCUUCUCCUACCACAUCGACGAAAGGUUCUGCCUGUAGAGUGUGUUCUGGUGUGCUCAAUGCAUUCCCAAAGCUUCAGUAUACCUCAGUCCAGAGAGAUACAACCUGUGGCUGUUGUGACACACAUGGGUGACUGAGAUACAGAAAAGAGACACAUUGAGACACCCACAGCAGUGGAACACAACAAGACAGCUCUCUACAUUCCUCGGUUGUUUUAUCUCAGCUGAAACCAUGGAUUCGACCAUGGUCAAAACCACCGCUAGCUUUCUCUCCACUGUCUCCAGCAUGACCCCCACCUCCAUGACCUCCCUCCUCGCCGUUACCACAGACGCAAGGAUGGAACGGGACAAUGUCACCGCAUCCAGAACAACACUCAUGACCAGUACCAUUACUAUAACAACAACCAACGAGACAAGCUACAACGCCACCAAGCUGUCAGAGGUGGCGUUAGAAGGCCCGGGGAUGGGCAUGGUGCUGGUGCCCUUUGGCAUCAUCACUGUAAUUGGCCUGGCAUUGGUCAUGAUGUUGUAUAUCAGGAAACGGAAGAGACUGGAGAAGCUGAGGCACCAGCUGAUGCCCAUGUAUAACUUUGACCCGGCAGAGGAACAGGAUGACCUGGAACAGGAACUACUGGACCACAACCGGGACGGCAACCUCACAGGAUCCAAUAACAAGACUCUCACGACCUCCCAGGGGACGACGCAGAGGCCCAGUCGCCUGGUCUUCACAGACGUAGCCAACGUUCUCAAUGCAUAACAGCACUCUUCCAUGCAUGAGAGGGGACUGGGGGGACUGGGGACUAGCUGUCCCAUCAUAGAGAUCUGUCGCUCAGGAAAAAAAAAAAGGAAAACUGGAUUGAAGGCCAUGGAAACAGACUGAUGUUUGGAGUAUGUUUUUUUCAGGGUGGGCUAUAAGGGAAUUCUGAUGUUUUAGUUGUGGCGUAGUCUUAUUUUCAUUGUCUACAGUUUAUAACUUGUUGUCAGUGACUGAGUUGGGAAUUAUGGGGAAAGGAUGCGAGUAAUGAUUUUGCACUGGUUGUUAUUGGUUGCACAAAUACUUCCAAGUGUGGUGCAUUGUGGGAUCGCUGUCUUUCUCUGCAGUUCUAGUGAUAUUGGUGGCAGAAUUGCUGGAGCUCCCACCUCGUUCUCUAAUGAGAACGUUGUCUCGAAUGUAUUAUUUAUUUUCCACACGUUUGUAUUUUGCUGCUAAAUGUAGACAACCACAUUGGACAAGUGACUCCCUCUAAAACGGGUUAUGCUCAAUGUUGAACUGCUUCCAUAAGGGUGGUGGAUUAGAGACCUGGACGUUCUGCACAUUGGAAAACUAGAACACAACAUCAGGAGAUCUGGAGAACUAUUACUGCUGCAGGACAAUGCCUGGGGAACUGUAACCCACCUAGUGUACACUACUAUACUGUAAUGUACCCACACACACGUCCAAAAUGUGUCCUUCAGCACUUACGCCUCUAUGGGGACUCUCCAUUUGCCAUCAGAGUAUUACUAGUAGUGUGUUUCCUCGAUAACAAGUAAUAAAGCAGCUGCAUUGGUUUCUAUACACUAAAACAGAGUAUCUAAACCACAGUAUUUUGACGAUCA